AUGGAAGAGAAAACGACCUUUCUGGCAGUUGUUGACCGUUGCGAUAACUUCCCAAGAAAUGAUUUCCAAGGUCAAGCAGCUUAUGCAGCUGCCGUCUCUCAACUUUGGCGAUUUUUACUUCCUGGAGAUGAUCGCGCAUUCGGGAUUCUUGUGUCCUCAACGGUUGCUCAAAUGCCAUGGACUUCUGAAUUCGAACUCGACUAUGCUGCACAAACCGUUCGCAUGAUACCCGACAGUAGCGUAGACAUUGCUCCAUCCAGUGCUCGUGCUUUUGAGAGACUCUUGAAAGCAGCCCAGUAA